ACUAUGUGAGUGUAAAGUUGGCAUCUUUAAUGGGCGAGUUAAGAUGCGGGAAUAAGUUUGCGGUUUGUAACGCAUUGAAUUAGUAACUGUUGGCUUGGUUUAUGUGGAUUUGAUGGGAGGCUAGGGUUUUUAAGUUCAUUUCUUGAGUUAAGUAUGGUUGCAUAUGAUUGAAGGUUGUUAUUUUAUGUGCAUUAUGACUAUAAGAGGUGGCGUUUAACCUUGUAAUUUGUUUGUAUAACUUUUAAGAGGGUAAAUGAUUUGAUGAGCUUGUGAUUUCUUGGUGUUUGAGUGUAAACCCUAAUGCUUUUGUUUAGGACUUGAAGCAAGAUUUAUGGCAUGAUUUAGAGUGCUUAGGUGGAUUCUUACAUGUUGAUUGAUUUUUCCUGAAAUAUAUUGUUUAACUAGCAUGUGAUAAUGAUAAUUUGUCAACUAAUUUCUUACUUGUGUGUGAACAUAGGGAGAUUAACUAUACUGAGAUCCUUGAGAGCUUGUUAGAUGCUAUAACAUGUUGAAGGAUAUGUCAACGGAUGAUGAUAAUCUAAUUAAGAGGAGUGAACCAAUUGUUGCCUCAAAGUCCGUUGGGUCGUUUGUAAAGAUUGAUUCUAUAUCCAUAGAUCUUGCUGAUGCGGAUGAUGACAACAGUCAUGGGGGGAAGUGUGAGCAUUUCUCCAUACGGGGUUAUGUAUCUGAGAUUCGAAAAAAGAACUGGAAGAUAUGUUGGCCAUUUGCUUUAGAUGGCGAUUCGGACAAGUCUGAUCAGGAAAAAAAAGCUGUGCUUCCUCCUUUGGAUGCGCCAAAAUUCAGAUCUUGGUGUUGUCAAAAUUGUCUUCGUGAAAUUGGUUCUAAAAAUGUUAGAAAAGGUCAUGGCACGGAAAUUAAUUGUCAUGUUGGAUCUAAUUCCAAGUGCACUGGUACUCGGAUACUAUCGACUACAGCUACUGCAUUGCUUCAGUCAGAUUAUCAAGAAGGUCCAAAGUCAAAAACCAUUGAGGAAAAACAAACUCAUGCUUAUACGUAUACUAUUGUGGAUGGCAGUGAGAGAUGUCCUUCCUCACGUAUCGAUAAGAAGAAAAGGAAUGGUGAAGUUUCACUCCCAAUGAUCAUAGCAAAUGAGAAUGGUUUAGCGAAUUCCAUGAGUCACGAAAUGCCUAGAUUUGAUUCUGCCCAGACAGAAGUUAACACUAGUAGGAUGCAGGAGAGGCGUAAUCAUGUCGCAGAAAAAUUGGAUUGCAAUGGAUCUGGCAAAGUCUAUAAGCCAGGAUGUGAAAACAAUGAAGAUGCUGGCUUUGAGCUUGAGAUUAGAAAAAGUAAUUUCUGGAUAAGAAAUUCCACUCAGAAUAGUGAAACUGAGUAUCACUCAUUUGCAGGCGACAAACAGAAGGACUCAAUUAAUGCUUCUGGUCUAUGUAAGGCAGGGAUGAUCUGCGAGACAGCCAAUCCUAUCAAGGUUCAGACCAAUGUUUGUCGUCCUUUGAUUUUAGAUGAGUGUGAUUAUGCAUCAUCCGAAAAUCAUGAAAAGGCAAGUGGUUUUCAUCGUAAGAAAAGUCGGAAGGUGCGUUUGUUGACUGAGUUGUUGUGUACUAAAGAGGAAGCAAAGACAGAUCACACCAAGGCAGAAGAUUCUCCUUCUAAUAUGGUCAAUAAUACAUCUGCAGUUGGAUUAGUUUCCCAAGGUCAGGUGUCUCUUCUAGAAAAUGUUAGGGUGGGUUCAGGUGAGAAUAAGAAGAGGAAGUUCUCAGAGGAAGAAGAAAAAGGAGGCCAAGAGACAAGCAAUCCAAAGCUUUUGAGUAAAAAAGUUAAGAGUUUUAGGCGAGAUCGAGAAGCCGCCAAUGCAAUUGUAGGUCCUGCAAUAGAUGAAAAUGCACCGGCCAGAAUUUCUUUGCAGGCUGAUAUGAAGAACAGUUGGAGUAGAUAUGGAAAUGAAAGGAACACUGUUGGUAAGAAGAAAGCUAAAAAAAUUCAUGACUUUGAUGCAUGGUCGUCCUUAGCCCCAACUGCAGAGAAUGUGCCAAUAGAAGCCCAGGAGAAAUAUGGAAGUUCACACAAGAAUGCUACUAAUGGUGCAUCUUUUAGGCUAAUGUAUGAUCCAUCCCAAGUUAAAGGGACUGAUAUGCACUCUUCCAAGAGAGAUAGAAAAUCUGGUUUUGUUAAGAGGAAAGGCAAGAUGCCACAAUCUGAUACUGGACUGGCUUCACUACCAAAUACAAGGAAAAAUGCAGAAACGAAGCCAAACGGGCAAGGAACUGUUCCAAUUCAUCCUGUAGAAGAUGCAUCUACUGAGAAAGGCCUAGAUCUUUCUCUCAACAGCUAUCUGGCUACACAAAGAUAUGAUGGAAAAUGUCUUCCUCAACAAGAUGGAUUUCCAUCCUUGUCAACUUGGAAAGAUAGUACUUGCAAACUAGAUGAGUUCAUGAGGAAAAAUGUGGAAGUCAAUUUUCUAGCAAAUUUAAACAAACCUUCUACAUCUAUGGAAAAUCCAUUAUCUGAGGAUGGAGUACGUGGUGAACGGAGCAAAAUAGGUUACACCUACAGCAUGCCUAUUCUGAAUGAGAAGCAAAAUUACAGCUCGCAGGUUGAACAAGGGAGCUGUUCUUUAAUGCAGCAGAUGGAUGUAUCUUGCGGAAGCAAGAAUCAGAAUAUCAUUGAUGUUGAAAAAAAUUCAGGUGUGCCUGUAAUUAGGAAGCAUACCAAUCACCAUCAAACAGAGAUGUCUGAGAAGAAUACUAUAGAUGACAUACCAAUGGAAAUUGUUGAGCUCAUGGCAAAAAAUCAGUAUGAGAGAUGCCUUCAGGAGACUCAAAAUGAUAAGCAUGUACUAGAAACCCCGAGCACAGCAAGGAAUACUCAGAUGAUGGAGCGUACUCAAAUAUAUGGCAUUGGGGACCCGAGAGUAUUAGAGGAAACCAGUCAGAAACGAAAAUCUCAGUCAAGAAAUGCAAAAAAUGGCACAACAAGGAAAAACGUGGCACCUGCCCCGCAGAAGUCUGUUGAUUAUUUUCCUUAUACCAACGGAAAUCAUUUUGGUCUGAAUCGUGUUAAUCAAAUGCAUUACACCACAGGGUUUGGUCCAUUCAGUCAGUCUCAAAAGAAGCCUUCAUCACGAGCCCAAUUUCCUGGUGCUGGCAACAGCAAAUGUAGUUGUGCUCAGAGUUGCAAAUGGGAUGGAAAUAUGAUGAUAGGUCACGGAUUCUCAAAUUCAAACUUGCACAGCUUUGCAGCAUGCAACACGUGCCAUUCUGUUCCGCAAUCAAAGGAAGAAGCAACUAAUCCAUGGUCACCUGUAAUAUCAACUCAGAUGCCCUUUGGAUAUAAGAAUCCACAAAAGGGUGCAGCCCAGUCUUCUCAUGUCAAAAUGCUUUCUUCUCACUCCUCUGGCCCACUUCAGAAAGGAAAUGCCAAUGGGGAUUGUGACCUCAGUUUGAAUCUGAAUGCUCUCAGCUUUGAGAAGCGUAAUGAAGCUGUUGGUUCAGAAACUAUCAGCAGAACAAAUCCAGAGUACUCAUUCACUUGCAAACGUAACAGGACUGAGCCUCAUCAAAGUUCAUUGGGGUCAUUAGAUUUAUAUUCGAAUGAAACCAUACCGGCAAUGCAUUUGCUCAGCCUCAUGGAUGCAAGUAUGCGGUCUGGUGCAUCCUUAAAUAUGGGUGGAAACCCGAAAUGUCCCAAGAGACCCUUGUCUAAUGAUCUCAAUUCUAAGGGAUAUCCUGGGCUAAAUAUUGGUCUUGAUAAGGCUACUGAUACUGUGAAUCAUCUGUCGUCAAACUGCUAUGGGAAAAAUCACCUUUCUGAGAAGUCUCUCGAUUUGUUUCCCACCAAUCCGACCUUUGGGGCAUCUACAUCAUUUGGGCACUCGAAUGGUUUUGGAAGGGCCACAGACUUUAUGGGUCAAGUUUUGAGCUCUCAAAAGAAAGAAAAUAUACUUUCACCUGCACAAAAUAGAGGUCCUAUAUCUGAAAAACCUUUAGCUACUUAUGGUGGUUCUGGCAAUAAUCAUACAACUAUCCCUGUUCAUGGUUUACCGAAAGGAUUCCUUCCUGUUUCUGGUCCUAUGAUGUUUCCACUGCACUAUCACACCAUUGCCAAUUCAAGGAAACACAACCCGGAAGCUUCUAAUGCUAAUGGAACCAUGAAGCCUCCAAAGACUAGUGUGGAGUCUCCAAUCUGCUGUAUUAACAGAAAUCCAGCUGAUUUCAGCAUGCCAGAUGUAGGAAAUGGGUACAUGAUUAGAGGUGAAGAUCUAAAAGUUGGGAAGAAGAUUUCUUCUGUAAAGAGACGCGGCUUAUUUAAAGUGGAUCAGCAGAAGCGACAGAGGAAUACAAAACACUCUAUUCAGCCUAUUGAAAAAGAUAGCGCGCGACGUUGAAUCUCGUGAACUGUUGGACGCCCCCAGCUACUGCACAGUAAGGUUCUUAUAGGAUGACAGAGCAACUCAUUUUCCAGUGCACACUGAAACCGGUUAGAAACUCCAACUAUUCCGAGUCACACACUGGGCAUUUUCCGUGUACGAAGCUGAGCUCUGAUGACCGUGUUGGGUGAAGGUCAAGACCUGUACAUAGCUUUAUAUGUGUCUUGAUCUUCUGCAAGUGCUGUUGAUUUAAUCUUGAAUAUGUUGUUUGUAUGUUGAUGUACGUCAAACUGUUAGAAGCAGAUACUGUUGUUGCACCCCAGACCCCAUUCCUGGUCAGGAAGUGGGAGAAGUAGUGAACCAAGGCAUUAGCUAUAGACUAUAGCUACAUUUUGAAUAUUUAGUUUUUGAGGAAUUCAAGGGGGGGGUAACUUCAAGUUACUCUCAUGGAUAAUACUGUUGUAAUAUAUAUAGUGCCCAAACAUAUUGUACACAGA